AUGGAGGUUUUCAUCAAUGAAAGUUACCAGAUUCGAUACAAUGAAGUACCAUCGGCCGCUACAGCAACUCUCAUUAUCAACCUAGCACACUCCUCUCUGGUGUGGGGAUCUGUACUUGGAUGUAUAAGCGUCAAACUAGUGAUUAAUACGUUCAGCCGCAAAGGAUCAAUUUUAUUUGUUCACAUCUUCUUGGUGCUGUCUUCCGUUUUAAUGGGACCUGUUGCGCAGUAUUGGCAUGUUUACGAAACACUUAUCAUCGGUCGCUUCCUCAAUGGGGUAUUCAAAGCUAUUGCUCUUGCUGUAGUUAUGAUAUACGUCGCUGAAAUAUCUUCUCGAAAGAGAGUUGGUUUUUAUCAAGGACCGUUUUCAACAUUCCAGUACAUUUCAAGCGCAUUCGGAAUGGGUCUAUCGCAUUCAAAGGUUUUAGGAACACAGGAACUUUGGAUGUGGACGAUGUGUAUAUCAAUAGUUGCUUCAAUUAUAUAUUUUCUAUGCUAUCCGUGGAUUCCAGAAACUCCAGUAUAUCUUCUAGAAACUGGAAAGUGGGAAGAUGCGUUGAAUAAUUUGAAAAAACUCAGGUCAAACUCAAAUGUAGAAAGUGAAUUAACUACUCUUCAAAAAGAAUCUCGAGAAAUUUCACAGCGAAAUUACCUGACUUUAUCUUCGAUUUUCAAAAAGAAAUACCUCAGACGACAGUUGUUCGUCAAUACGAUAAUAAGGACAACGUCUCAGUUACUAGGACUUCAGGCAAUUGAAAUGUUUUCCGAUUCGCUACUGUUGGAUGCGGGAGUUGAUGAAAAAUAUGUCACUAUAUUAUCUGUUGGUGUCUUUCUUCAGAUUAUUUUAGCAUUUUUGAUUACUGCGCCAUUGCAACGUCGUUUCGGUUUGAAGAAAGUAUAUGUCAUCGGUCUUAUCAUAAUAUCUCUAAGUUAUUUCAUAUUUACAAUAGCUGGAGGACUAUAUGUUAAAUUUCAGUACAUGAGUUCAGUUGCAAUAGUAGGAUUUUUUACACUUGUUUUUGGUUUUCAAAUCGGACCUCUGUUUGUGACAUUUGGACUUCCAUCAGAACUCACGACCGCUAGUAGUCGCCCCACUGUCGUUUUUUACAGCCAGUGUACACUCUGGAUUUCUGCUGGUAUAAUUACGUUUGUAUUCCCGUAUUCACACCAAGCAUGGGGUGUUUACGCAUACACCCCGUUCGUCAUUAUGUCAAUAGUCCUUAUUCCAUUUUCUGUAUUUUUAGUACCCGAAACGCAUAAUCGUUCCGCCGCUCAGAUACAGAAAUCUUUCGGAAGAGAAACUAUGAAUGAUGAAUUUCAUCAAAUCGAUUCGAAUCGUAGCAUUGCUAGUAUCACAUAA